AUGGCUAUUCAGCCUUUGGGGGAUAUUUCCGUUUUCGCCCUGAUUGGUCAGUUCGGCUGGCCAAUCACGUGCGCCGUUUCACUCUCGUCCCAUUGUUCAUCUGCCCGGUCUGGAGGAGAGAUGGUUCGGAUCGCGAUUUCGCAGAGUGUUCGCUGCGUGUGUGUUGAAGGUCCUCGGAAUAGUCAGACCUCUUCGGCCAGGCAUGCCGGUCUCGGAUACCUUGUCUGCUCAGUCGGCCGACAGCUAGCCGUCGACUCAUCGGUCUACAUCCCAGCGUUAAGAGAGCGAGAAUGCAAGAGAGCCAGGCUCGAGCCGCGCCAGGCUGCUGAGACGGUGAGCGGACGGCACCGGCGCCUCGAUGCCGGUCUCCGAGACGGAGGCGCGCCGAUCGGCGCGUCGACCGGGCCGAGUCUAGACAGACGCUCGGCCCAUCCGAGCAUGGCCGAGGCAGACGAGUCGGCGGCCCGGCACGUGGAGCUGUUGACGACGGCCGAACUCAUCACCGGCCUCGUCUGCUACCCGAUCGCCUGCCUCGUCGGGUUGGUCACCAACGCGCUUUGUCUGCUCGUCUUCUUGCGGCCCGACAUGCGCGGCCUCAGCACCAACACGUAUCUGGCCGCGCUGGCUCUGGCCGACCUGAUGAAGCUGGCCAACGACUUUGUCUACACGCCCGGCGUGCUGGUGAAGAUGCUCGAGCACUCGGACGCCGCCUUUCCGCGCUACUACCCCUACGCCUACUUCUUCAACCAGUUCCUCGCCAGCGUCACCGCUUGGCUCACUGUCGCCGUCGCCAUGGAGCGCUUCCUGCUCGUGCUCCGACCCGUCGACUCUCGCGCCUACCUCACGCUGCGCAAGGCGCGCAUCGAGUGCGCCGCCGUCUUCGUCGGUCUCUUCCUGCUCAAUCUGCCCGGCAUCUUCCGCUACCGGCCGGUCGUCCGAGCCCCGACGACCGGCCGCGGCGGCGGCAACUCGACGCGCUCUGGCAGCAUCGAGAGCCUCGAGACCAGCUGGUUCUGGCGUCUCGACCAGUUCAAGCAGGCCUACAUCAUCCCGCAGACGGUGCUGCGCUCCAUUCUGCCCAUCUGCCUCAUGAUCGUGCUCAACAUCACCAUCAUCGUGGCGCUGCGCAGACGUUUCAACUGGCGCCGGCGGCAGAAGCUCGUCUCGGCCGACGUGUUCGCCGUCUCGAGCGGCCUGCGUCCGAGUCCGCGGCCGCAGCCUGCGUCGGCUUGGCGCGUCCUCACGCGCCAUGCGGGACUCGGACCCGGACCCGGAUCGGGUUGUCAGACGCUGAGCAACGGCCGCCUGGCGGCCGAGGAGGCCGGUUCGGCGGAGCUGGCGCCGGAGCGGCGCGAGACGGCGGUCGGUGACGCGAAGCAGCGUCUGCCGGUGCGGCAUCGGGUCACGAUCAUGUUGGUGGCGGUGAUGAGCGGUUUCGUGUUGCUCGCGUCGCCCGACGCUCUGCUCAGCCUCCUCGGCUGGGGCUACUACGACGCGCCGGAGACGUGGAUCCGCGCCAUCCGCGAGAUCACCGACUGUCUGUUGGUGGUCAAUUCGGACACCAACUUCUUCCUUUACUACAGCCUGAACCCUAAGUUCCGCAACGCCCUGCGCGACAGUCUUCGCCGGCUCGCCUGGCCCCCCCGC